AUGAGGCUAGGUUUCUACUGCAACCUCUUCGUCUUUGUGGUAUUUCAAGCCGUAGGGUCUGUGUCAACCAGGACAUCCCAAGAUGUUCUUGGUGACAACAGCGUCCAUCAAGGAACAAUAUCUUUUCUCAGCGACUGGAAGGUCCUAGGCCCGUUCCGAUUGGGAACCCGAGAAGCCAUAUGGGGAGCCGAUCCUGUCGAACGGUAUGGAGGGAUCCGAUGCAUCAGUUACAGCCAGGAUGCAUGGUACCAUAGUUCUCUUACCCGGAACGCAUCGGUGAAAUGGAGCAAUCGCACGUUCAGCAGCCUUGCGUCAGAAUCAGGCACUUCUGUUGAUCUAACAGUUGAUUUUCCUGACGUGGAUUGGGAGUUCGCACAAAAGAUUUAUGGCUGGUCUGCCUUCCAGUUCCAAGGCUGGUUGAAAGGGGGUCUCCUGAAUUCGAAUGCCGACUCUCAGACCGUGAUUUUGUAUCCCGACAACAUUGUGGAGCUUUGGAUCAACGAUGUCCACGUAUUCGGCGGGGACUUUUACGGCUUCGCCAGGGCUCCCUUGGUUUUGGAUCUUCAGCCCGGACUAAAUACAGUUAGUGUCCGCCUCACACGUGAUGUUCGAUCUAUGGGAGGCUCAUUUCCACCAAUCUCACACGCCCUCCUCCGGGCUGAAGUUAUCCACAUCCCGGUUGAAGUUGUACAUGACAGUGUCUUGCUCCCUGACGUGAUUGAUGGGAGAUUUUGCAGCCGACAUGGCAGCAUUACUGUCAGGAAUCAAGCGGAUACCUGGACCACAAUCCACGGGAUCACGGCAAAGUUUGACGCCAGCUGGUCCGUCGUCACGGAACAGGAAAUCCAGCUCGCACCGGGUCAAUCUCGCCCGAUUAAAAUGGUGUUCGAUGCUGAUGAUAAGUUGGGAAAAGACAUCGAGUUUGCUCUGAAAUACACAUUGUCGGAUUCGAAGCUGCUUGAAGUGGUCUUCAAGGCUGAAUUACGACACACCAAUGUGACAUCGUUGCAGAAGUUCACUUUUCUCCAUCCGAGUGGCGCUGUGUCUUAUGCAGUGUUACGACCUCCUCCCGUUCCAGCUUCCAUUGCACCCAAUCAACAGCUUCAAGUGCCGAUCCUUCUACAUCUACAUGGCGCCGGGGUGGAAGCAGAUGGCGGGUUGGCUCGUCACACGUUCGAUGACGCUCCUAACCUUCCAGCAUGGAUACUCUCUCCAACCGGCAUGAGUUCUUGGAGUGGUGAUGACUGGCAUACGUGGGGCUUUGCAGAUGCUCAAGCCGCAGCGUCGGCUAUUCCAGAUUGGAUCAAACGAACGAAUUGGCCAGGACCUGGUGUUAGCUCUGGCAAGAUAUUGGUUGCAGGCCAUUCCAAUGGUGGGCAAGGAACUUGGUUCUUUGCUUCACACCAACCUGAUCGUGUUCUCGGUGCCGCAGCUGCCUCCGGCUAUUCAUCCAUCGAGAAUUAUGUCCCAUAUGUUUUGUGGAACGAAGCUGACUCUCUCCAAAGCGGCAUCCUCCAAAUCUCGAGAAACAACUUUCGUCAUGAAUUGUUGACGGAAAACUUGGUCGGUCUUCCCAUCUUUCAGCAGCAUGGCUCAAGGGACGACAACGUACCGACCUAUCACUCUCGUUUGAUGAACACUUUGCUUGCGCGAGUCGGUGAGUCGGCUCAAUAUUCGGAGUUGCCGAACACGGGACAUUGGUUCGAUGGUUCAAUGACAACGGAAGGAAUGGUGGAGUUUUACUUGGAUUGUUUGAACUCCUCAGAUUCCCUUCCUCGUGCUCCGGAGGACUUCGCAUUCGUGGCCCCAAACUCCAAUGACCUAGGUUCCAGAUAUGGCAUCUUGAUCGACCAAUUGGGAUCACCGGACAGAAUGGGCAAAGUGAAGGUGACCGUCAGCAUACAGGAAUCCCACAUUCGGUGGCACCUACGAACAGAGAACAUACAUCGUCUGCAUCUGGAUCCAUCUGCACGUUUCAGCAACUCCCCCGAUGAGAUUUUACUCGACGACAUGGCCCACGGUUUUGACGUUGCCCUGGAAACGAAGCCAACUACUUUUGUUUUGUCUCAUUCGAAUAUCUGGGGAAGAGAAGUUGCCCUUGAUUGGAAAACUCUGGAGCAGAGACAUGGUCGUCAAAGGGGAGUUCUUGAUUCAAUUCUCCGAACCGCCAGUGCUUUCGAGAUUGUUUACUGUUCUGACGAGACUCUUACGGUGGCAGUGCAGGCGAGUCGGAACUUCCUGCAAUACUUUGGAGCUGACUCGAAUGUCGUCCCAUCUUCCAAAUAUCAAGAUGCAUUGGGCCGUCGAGGCAAUGUCAUCACAAUUAGCCUCGGAAAACCCGUCCCCACUGCUCAACUUCCGACAUUUCCCAUCCAGCUGGAAGAUGAACGACUGUUGUUGACCACGAAAGAGCUAAGGACCAUAUCCAUCCCGUUCUCACCGGGCAUGGGCGGAAUAUGGCUCCGGCCUCUGUCCAACGAGCGGCUGGAACUUGUUGUCUGGGGCCGUGAUGAGGUUGGUUUACGACAAGCUGCAAGGCUCAUUCCCACACUCACCGGAGCUGGACAGCCUGAUUUCGUGAUAUUGAGUGAUGAAGCCAGGUGGAAGGGACAUGCAGGCGCUCUCGCCAUGGGAUUCUUUGACUUUCACUGGAGAAUCUCCUCUGCUUCGUAUCUUCCGUAG